UUUUUGCAAACUCUAAAUCUUGCUACUUCACUGCCAUAUCCAUUCCAAUUUCACAUCCAAAUUUUUUGAAUCAGAAACAAGAAUUCACAUCCAAUGAGUAGUCCCAAAGGCACCGUCGUUUUCUCCACCGUUCAACGCCCCGACUACGGCUUCGACGUUUACUCCAUCAAACUUAACCCUGAGUUCGACACCUCCAAACUCACCGUCUCCGACGAGACCCUCCUCACCGAUGGCAUAUCCAUCAACUUCAACGCCCAAUUCAGCCCAUCUCACAACAAUAACGAUUCAAUCGUUUUCAUAUCCGAAAGAACCGGUUACCCUGCAAUUUUUCUUUCGGGUCCGCAACAUUCCAAACCCCAACAGCUACCGUCUCCACCUGAAAGCCUUUUCCACGACCGGCCCGUCGUGAAAAACAACCGUCUCUAUUACAUCUCAGCCCAUGAAUACCCGGGUCAGCUUUUCAAAAGCUGGACUGCUCUUUAUUCCACUGAUCUAGGAGAUAAAAAUAUUACUCGUUUGACCCCUCCCGGUGUCGUUGAUUUCAGUCCAGCUAUUUCUCAUUCCGGGAAGUAUAUCGCCGUUGCUUCUUACGGAUCUCGUCCUUGGGGAGGUGAUUUUCUGACGCUUCACACGGAUAUUGUUGUGUUUAAAGAAUCCGACCCGAAUAAGCGAGUUGUUCUUUGUGAAAAAGGUGGUUGGCCGUCUUGGUCCGGUGACUCCACUGUUUUCUUCCAUCACCAAGCCGAUGAUGGAUAUUGGAGUAUUUUUCAAGUUAAAUUCCCGGCUGAUACGGAUGAUUUUUCCGGCUUUCCAACCGCUCCUGUUCGAGUUACUCCGCCGUGUGUUCACUGUUUUACUCCUGCUGCUAUGCAUGAUGGUAAACGAAUUGUCGUCGCCACUCGUCGGCGUAACAGCAAGUUUAGGCAUAUUGAGAUGUUUGAUCUUGAAUCCCAGACCUUUUCUCCGGUGACUGAGUCGCUCAACCCGAGUUUCAAUCAUUAUAACCCGUUUGUUUCUCAAGAUUCGUUGUCCAUCGGAUACCACCGAUUUAAAGGUAAAUCCGCUCAUGGGGAAACCACCAUUCGUAAUUUUGAGCCGAUUAAGUCGCCGAUUCGUGAUCUGACUUUAAAGAGACUCAACGGUUCAUUUCCCUCUUUUUCAUCAACCGGCGAUUUAAUAGCAUACGUCCCCGAUUUCAAUGAGUCCAACCGAGGCGUCAAAAUCGUAAAAUCAAACGGUUCAAAACGAUGGACGUUAAUCAAAGACCGUAUAGCUUUCUACACGUCAUGGAGUCCGACCGAUAAUAACGUCAUCUUCGCAACGUUAGGUCCUUUCUUUGCUCCGGUUGAAGCAACGGUUCAGAUUGCACGGAUAACAUUCAAUCCAUCUGAUCUCAAAUCUGACCGUAAUGAAAUCCCAAUUGAAGUUAAAAUGUUAACGAGAGAGGACACAGGUAACAACGCCUUCUCAUCAUGCUCGCCGGACGGUAAGUCUAUUGUGUUUCGAUCUGGCCGGAAUGGUCAUAAGAAUCUGUACAUAACCGACGCCGUUAACGGAGAGCAUGACGGGAACAUACGUCAGCUAACGGAUGGACCAUGGACUGACACAAUGCCUAGCUGGUCACCAAAAGGAGAUUUGAUAGCGUUUUCUUCCAAUAGGCAUAAGACAGAUAGUCCUGUUCCGUUUAGCAUCUACGUGGUAAGACCGGACGGCUCUGAUUUGAAGAGGAUCCAGCUGGAAGGAUCAGAGUGGCUGAGUGAGGCAGAUAAAGAUAAGCUGGAGAGGAUAAACCACGUGUGUUUUAGCAAAGAUGGGGAGUGGCUUCUGUUUACUGCCAACCUGGCGUGUGUGACAGCAGAUCCAGUGUCGGUGCCACAUAAUUUUCAGCCGUAUGGAGAUUUGUUUAUCUGCAGGUUGGAUGGGAGUGGAGUGAGGAGGCUGACGUGGAAUGGAUAUGAGAAUGGAACGCCAGCGUGGCAUCCAGGGAAUGAGGUGGAGUUGCUUAGUUUGUCAUUGGAGGAAGCUGACGAGGAUGAGCUUACUGGGAAGUUUGAUGAUCCGUUUUGGAUACGUUAUGAUCCAUCGGAUGAGAAGGAUUGCUGUAUGUAGAGGUUGUUGUCAAAGCGUAGACAUGUGUAAUGUAAUAAUAAUAAUAAUGUGAUGAUGUUUGUAUUUGAUAUGUCCCAACUACAUUUUUAUAUGUCGUGAAAAAUAGUAAUGCCUCAUUUUCUAGUGUGGCUAACACACGUUCUAA